CGACGGGUGAGCCGCAUCGCCGCCUCAGAAAGGCUGGGUCGGCGCCACAGAGAGGCAGCAGGACCGAAGCUGCAGCCGCCAGAGACCAAAAGAACCCGUCUGAGGUGGGGAGGGAAGCCGGCCGCUCUUUCCCGCCAUCCCGCUUCUCCCCUCAGCCUUCUGGAGCUUUUAUCCCCUUUUUUUUCCCGCGCUUUGUCGCUGAGGAGAGGAAAAGGGGCUCUCCUCAUGGCCGUAGCCAACGGGUCAGUCCCGGCCCCCGAGGAGGAAGCCGGCCCGGCAGCAGCUGCUGCUGCUGCUGCGGCGCCUCCAGCCGCCUCGUCUGAGGGGAAGAAGAGGCGGGAAGAACUGAAGGUGGUGGUCGUGGGCGACGGGGGCUGCGGGAAAACGUCUCUCCUCUUGGUCUACGCCAAGGGAGCGUUCCCUGAGGAAUAUGCUCCUUCUGUAUUUGAGAAAUAUACUUGCAGCAUCGCUGUUGGCAAAAAAGAAGUAAUCCUACACUUGUAUGACACUGCAGGGCAGGAGGAUUAUGAUCGGCUACGGCCACUUUCUUACCAGAACACCAGUGUGGUCUUAGUUUGCUAUGAUGUCAUGAAUCCUACUAGCUUUGAUAAUGUGCUAAUUAAGUGGUCUCAUGAGGUGAACCAUUUCUGCCAGGGAAUCCCUAUAGUACUGGUUGGCUGCAAAACAGAUCUCCGAAAAGACAAGGAACAGCUACGGAAACUCCGCUCAUCUCAGCAGGAGCCAAUUACUUACAACCAGGGUGAAGAAGCUCGUCGGCAGAUGAAUGCAGAUGCUUACCUGGAGUGCUCAGCCAAGUACCGUGAAAACAUUGAGGACGUUUUUAGAGAAGCAGCAAACAUUGCACUGAAUGCUAUGAAAAAAAACAAGCGUCAGAAGAAAUCGAGGCCGUGUGCCUUAUUCUGAUGGCAAGCCAGACAACGAAGAGGACAGCAGGAGCUGUUUCCCGUUUUCCUUCAGCGGUUAAGCAAGGAGGCCUUUCUACAUUUUCUAAAUCGACUGUUUUUCUCACUUGGACUUUACCUGGAAAACUGACUUGAUUUCAUACCGCACUUUCUGCUUCCGUCACACCUUCUUGUCUCAAGCCUGAACACAGCUAAGCUGUGAGGACAGUGGACCCUUUUCAGAGGCCAGCAGCACUUUGCUAGUCUUUCAUUUGCACUUCUGGGAGGAGUAGGGACUUACUCAGAACAGUAGAGGAGGUAAGAACUCCAGGAGCAGAGCUUCGCCGUGAUUAAAUACUGAUGUUUUUACAUGAAAAAAAUUAAAAAUAAGAAAAACCUGUCAUUUUUGAAGACUCAAAAUGCUCUCACAAGAAAUAGCAGCCCAUGCUCCAUCAAGAUUUGCGGUAACAAUGCUAAAGACAACACCACUCAGCGAAGUGUAAAGCCUUCCUCCAACUUGUGGCUCUUUCUCCAGUGGAAAAGCCAUUUAUUGGAGGAAGGCUUGAGGCUCUGGGCAGAAGGAGAGAAUGUGUGUCACUGUGUUCUUUAAAGAGACUGCGGCCAUUCAUGUACUGACCUACACAGCCGCCUUCUGCACAGCCAGCCUGUUGAGUCACUCUC